AGAAUGGAUGAAUUCGAGAAUGCAGUGAUCAUUACAUUUGAUCCUGCAGUAGUGUCACCAUUGAAACAACGUGCUGUCACCUAUACAGAGACCUUGAGGGACUCACCUGACGGUUGGAAAUUCUGUCUGGAGAAGCUCUUCCAGACAAACAAUGUCUAUGUCAAGUUCUUCUGUUUACACGUCUUCCAAGAUGUCAUCACCACUGGACAACGCUACGCACAGCUCACCCAAGAUGAUCGUUACCGUCUAAGGACCACUGUCGUCUCUUAUCUGUCAAACGUGUUGGCCUCAAACCCAAACGAGGAGAAAUUGAUCAAGAACAAGUAUGCACAGGUGGUCGUACUGUUAUUCAAGAAGGAGUACCCAGAGAAGUGGCAAUCGUUCUUCAGCGAGAUGUUGUCGAUGUUGCCCAAGGGUGUCAAUGCCAUUGACAUUGUGCUCAGGAUACUAAAGUCAAUCGAUCAAGAGGUUGUACGUGUCGAUGUCAAUCGUACUCAAGAGGAACUUAAUCACAACACAUUGAUCAAAGAUGCAAUGAGGGAAGGUGCAAUCAAUGACAUAGUGAAGCUAUGGUACGAGAUAUUGGUGCACUACCAUCAGAGCAAUCCACAACUGUCCGUCAUGGCAUUACAGAACAUCAAGCUCUACAUAAGUUGGAUCGACAUUGGGCUCGUCGUCAAUGAUCAAUUCAUCACAUUGUUCUACAAGCUGCUGAAUGUUGUGUCGCAACGAGAGGAGGUCAGUGACUGCUUCAAGGAGAUCAUUUACAAGGGCAUGGAUGCCAACAUCAAGCUAUCACUGGUACAGAAGCUGCAGAUCAAGAACAUUGUCAGUCACGUCUCUCUGGAUGACUUGGACUUUGUCAUCAAGAUGGGUGCGCUCAUUAACUUGACUGGACUGGAGGUACUGCGGAGUUUGGAAUCAGUGAAACAGCUCAAGAAUGUCAAGCCAUUGACAGAGAAGCAUGUACAGCAUAUCACAUUGUUGGUACAGAUCAUUCGUAACAAGAUGAAGUACAACAAGGACUUUGACUUUGAGAAGGUCGACGAUGGAGAGGAUGAACAACACUUUGCAGAGUUUAGGAAGGACUUGGCCGCCCAAUAUCGCAAUCUAUUCAGAUUGUGUCCAGAGAUGGUUGGCUCUUUCGUACACAACUUCCUAAUGAGCAUUAUACAGGAUUCAACCAAGUUCACCUUUGCCGACAUCGAGGUGGCCAUCUAUCUCAUGUACCAAAUGGGUGAGGGCAUAUCCAACCUCCCCGAGGAGACCGUCAAGACCUUUGAGAAGUUCUUUGGUUCAAUGGUAUUACAGGUGGCCAAAAGCAACAUUAUGGUAUCUAACAAGAUUCAUCAAUGUGUGUCGUGUAUCUACUUUGAAACAGUUGUACGAUACGCCAAGUGCAUACCUCAUGACGUGGCCAACCUCACGGUUGUGCUAUCGCCAUUCUUGGAUCAACGAGGUGUGCACAACAGCAAUGCGCACGUACGAAGCAGGGCCGGUUACUUGUUAAAUAAACUCGUUAAACCAUUAAAGGUCCAAUUGUUCCCCUUCAUAAGCAACAUCAUAGAAUCACUCAAGAAUCACUUGGUCAUCAACUAUGACACCCAGCAACAGGUACCCUUUGAAGAACAACUCAACUUUUAUGAGUCACUUGGUAUGCUGAUUGGUGGCUCUCAAUUGCCACCUCAGGACGAGCAGAAAUAUAUCGAGAAACUGCUUUCCAGUCCUUACCAAAAGAUGGAAGAGAUCAUCAGCAAGUCACUGUACAAAAGCGAUACAAAGGAGAAACCAUACUAUACCAACCAACUCAUCCAGCUCACCAACGUCAUUGGAACAUUCAGCAAGGGAUUCACAGCUUUCACAUCAGCAGGCCCUCCAAAGCCCGAGCCACUGGCCCACACUAUAUACUUUAUCAACUCACUCAAACUCAUUAUCCAACUGCCCAACCUCAUUCCACAGAAUGAGGAGAUCGUCAAACGAACCUUUUUUUAUAUGCACCGCAUGGUUGAUUGCCUUGGAGGCAACCUAAAGCCAUUGCUUCCAGAGAUACUACCUAUACUACUCAUUCACACAUACAACACCGAGAAACUCAUCGAAUUCAUCAUGCUACUCAAUCAAUUCAUCGCCCGAUACCAGAGCGAUGUGCACGCACUCAUCAACGACUCACUGGCCGCCAUCAUUACCCGAAUAUUCAAGUCGAUGGAGCAAGCCAAUCCACCAGAGGCCAACACUGACGAAGGACGAGCCCUUUUGGAACUACAAAAGACCUACUACACAUUUAUACUCACCAUCAUGAACAACUCACUCUCCUCAACACUGGCAUCACCAAACAACCUUAGCAUCCUGGAACGAAUCCUAUCGACAGUUAUUAGUGGAUGCAAACGUUCAGAAGCAGUAAGUUGUUGUA